AUGGCUAACCACCCCUCCUCCACCUCGUCCUCUAGUCCUUCCUCUCAGCAAGAUGCAUCAGACUUCCUCCCCAGCAACACCUGGUGGAAUCGUUCAGUAAAUUUCUUCCGCAUGGUUACCGGGCGCAUGUCUCCCGGAGGAGCGCAAAAGUAUUGGGCCGAUGCGGACGAUCGAUAUAGCGCAUUCGAUUGCAAACGCUGCGAAGAGAGCCGGGACUAUUUAUUGAAAUAUUCGCCGAUAAUCCGAUUCAUGAAUGAGAACAUUCACAAACUGGGUGGUGACUUGGGUCCGCAUAACAUCCACUGCAGAACGUGCAGAGGCGACGAGGAGGCAAUGCAAGGUGGCUUUGACCAUAAAUACGGCAUCAAGAUAUGUGCAAACUAUGUGCAGGAACGGUCUGUCCUGGAGGAUGUACUGGCACACGAGAUGGUGCACGCAUAUGACCACCUGCGGUUCAAGACGAACCUGACCCUCGAGGAUGAUCUGAGACAUGCCGCGUGUUCGGAGAUUCGGGCAAGCAACCUCAGCGGUGAAUGUCGCUGGGCCAACGAGUUCUUUCGCAACAAGAUCCUCUCUUUCACGAACCAUCACCAGGACUGCGUCCGACGGCGAGCGAUAAGGUCAGUCAUGGGUCGACCGAACUGCAAAGACGACGUACAAGCAGUCAAGGUUGUCAAUGAGUUUUGA